CGCGCCCCCUAGAGGAAAAUAACCGUGUUUGCAAACAAUUAAUUCCUCGUCCAGCGGUAUUCGCCGGCAUCAUCGUGGCCACGUCGCGCGGCUCUCGCCAUCUUUCAGAAUCAGUCGGGAACACAACAGCCGUCUUUACUGCGCCGCUUCAACAAGCCAUUCACCAGAGCCACAGAAGCAUGAACAUAUUCAGACUGACGGGGGAUCUCUCCCAUUUAGCAGCCAUCAUCAUCCUCCUGCUGAAGAUCUGGAAAACCAGGUCGUGUGCAGGAAUCUCUGGGAAGAGUCAGAUUCUGUUUGCCUUGGUGUUCACCAGCCGCUAUCUGGACCUUCUCACUGCCUUCAUUUCCUUCUACAACAGCAUCAUGAAGAUCAUGUGGACGUUCUCCAUCUAUCUGGAGUCCGUGUCUAUCCUCCCACAGCUGUUCAUGAUCAGCAAGACCGGAGAAGCCGAGACCAUCACCACACACUACCUCUUCUUCCUCGGCCUCUAUCGCGCUCUGUAUCUCAUUAACUGGAUCUGGCGCUUCUACUUUGAAGGCUUCUUCGACAUGAUCGCCAUCGUGGCCGGCGUCGUUCAGACAAUCCUGUACUGUGAUUUCUUUUAUCUCUACGUAACAAAAGUGUUGAAGGGAAAGAAGCUGAGUCUGCCAGCUUAGGUCUGAAAGACAGCAGCGCAUGAAGCGGCACGCGACGCAGAGGACGAGUAAGAUGCUUGAGACGGAGUACGAAAGAAGAGAUCCAGUCCUGCUCUGGAUUCAAGCCCGGGACGAAACACGGCUUCACCAAGUCUUCGGAUUCCCGUUUUAUGCAUCUUAUCUUACCCUUUUUUAUUAUUCUGUAUCAAAGAAAAAGUUUUCUACAUGAAACGUGUGCUAUGAUUUGACCGGCGGCAUCAUAAACGAGCUGAAAAUUGUGCAAACAGGCAGGGACUGAUUCUUAUGAUGAAUAUUGAUUUUGUUUGUAAGAGUAUUUUCAAUCGGAUUAAAUGCACAUGUUUUCAAAAAGAUUAUGGGAGUAUUUGUUGCUCCAUGGGAUAGAAUUGAAUGGAAAAUAAGUGUUUGCUCAAUUUCUUAAUGCAGUAAUCCUUUGUUAAAGAAGGUCGGUCAUAAUAUAGUGGUUCCCCAAACUGCUUAAUUGGGUUUAAGAUGUAAAUUUCUAAUUUGUGCUCAAAACGGCUCAACUUUUUACAGUACAGUA